AAACGACAGAAAUCUGAAACUAGCGUUGCAGCAUAACAGAAUGUUUCAGAGUUGGUAAUCGAUCAAAUUGACCAUAACGAAGUGAAGGGAAAGGCUCGAAUUUGAAGAUGGACAUGGAGUUGGACGAAACUUGUGGACCCAAAGAGGGAAAGCCCAUUUUGGUAAUAUUGGUGGGAGCGCCGGGGAGUGGCAAGUCCACUUUCUGCGAAGAUGUUAUGCGUUCUUCUACUCGCCCUUGGGUUCGCGUUUGCCAGGACACUAUUGGGAAUGGCAAAGCAGGAAAUAAAGCUCAAUGUCUAAGUAGUGCAGCUAGAGCAUUGAAGGAUGGGAAGAAUGUUUUUAUUGAUAGAUGCAAUCUUGACAGAGAACAGCGCUCAGAAUUUAUAAAGCUUGGUGGUGGACACCAAAUAGAUGUGCACGCAGUUGUACUUGAUCUUCCUGCUAAACUUUGUAUUUCUCGAUCUGUAAAACGAACUGGGCAUGAAGGAAAUUUGCAGGGUGGAAAAGCUGCUGCAGUUGUGAAUAGAAUGCUUCAAAAUAAAGAGCUGCCCAAGUUAAGUGAAGGCUUUAACCGGAUAACAUUUUGUCAAAGUGAGAGUGAUGUCAAAGAUGCUACUAAUACGUAUGCCACACUUGGGCCACUGGAUAACCUUCCCCAUGGCUGCUUUGGCCAGAAGAAUCCAGAUUCCAAAAUUCAGGUUGGUAUAAUGAAGUUCCUAAAAAAAGCAGAGGUCCCAUCUGAUGGAACAUCUAGAGAAAAUAGGACUGGAAACUCUACUUCCCAGUCUCCUGGGAAAAAUGACUCCUGCAGCAAAGAUAUGGAAAAAAUUUCUUCAAUUCCAAAUAAUGCCAAAUUACAGUCAGAAGAAGUAAAAGGUCCGGCAGUUGACUCUGCUGGUUGCCAUGCCAAUAGUGCUUCUCCGGAUGAUACUCCCACUCUGGCAUUUCCAUCUAUUUCAACAGCUGACUUCCAAUUCAACCACGAGAAGGCAGCUGAUAUUAUUGUUCAGAAGGUUGCUGAGUUCUCAAAUAAGUUCAAGAAUGCGAGACUUGUUCUAGUUGACCUGACACAUAAGUCAAAGAUUCUUUCCUUAGUUAAAGCCAAAGCAGCAGAAAAAAACAUUGACACCCAAAAGUUCUUUACCCAUGUUGGAGACAUUACUCAACUAUAUACGGCAGGAGGUUUGCGCUGCAAUGCCAUAGCUAAUGCUGCCAACUGGCGGUUGAAACCUGAAGGUGGAGGUGUUAAUGCAGCAAUUUUCAAAGCUGCAGGUCCUGAGCUGGAGUCUGCAACCAAAGAAAAAGUAAAAUCUCUUUCCCCUGGGAAUGCUGUUGUUGUGCCCCUGCCUUCAUCUUCUCCUUUGUUCGCUAGAGAGGGUGUAACUCACAUAAUACAUGUUCUUGGACCUAAUAUGAACCCACAAAGACCAAAUUGUCUAAACAAUGAUUAUAAUAAAGGCUGCAAAAUUCUUCAAGAUGCUUAUGCUUCACUAUUUGAAGGUUUUGCAUCAAUUGUGAGAAAGCUGGCAGAGGAACCUGGGCUUAGAAAUGAAAACCUUGAAAAGAAGUCUUUGGACAUGCAGGAUCAAUCUGAAUUUUCCAGAAAUAAUUUCACAAAUACUGAUCAAAAGAGUAAGAGAGAUGCUGAUCAAGGAUCGGAAAAAAACAAGAAAUACAAGGGAACCAAGGACGGUUUUGGAUUGACCUUUACUGAUUCAAGGGAUCCAAAGGUAGAUUCAGAGCAUAGAGGAACUGUUGGGAGUAUGAACAAGGCAUGGGGAUCAUGGGCUCAAGCUCUUCACCAAAUAGCAAUGCAUCCUGAAAAGCACAAGGAUGACUUGCUUGAAAUUUCAGAAGAUGUUGUUGUAUUGAAUGAUAUGUACCCUAAGGCACAGAAGCAUGUUCUGGUGUUGGCACGAAUUGUAGGUCUUGAUUGCCUGGCAGAUGUCCAAAACGAGCACGCACAGUUAUUGAAGAAGAUGCAUGCUGUAGGUUUAAAGUGGGCUGACAAGUUCUUGCAUGAGAAUGCUUCUCUGGUAUUUCGCCUAGGAUAUCACUCGGCUCCAUCAAUGCGACAACUACAUUUACAUGUUAUUAGCCAGGACUUCGAAUCAAAACAUUUAAAGAAUAAGAAGCACUGGAACUCAUUUAACACUGCUUUCUUUCGAGACUCAGUAGAUGUAAUUGAUGAGAUCUCUAAUCAUGGGAAAGCAACAUUGAAAGAUGAUGACAAGCUGCUGUCCAUGGAGUUGAGGUGCCACAGAUGUAGAAGUGCGCAUCCAAACAUACCCCGGUUAAAAUCACAUAUUAGCAGCUGCCAAUCCCCCUUUCCUGCUAGCUUACUUCAAAAUGGACGUUUGGUGCAUGCACCAGGGGAACCUUGCAACAGGUUGUAGUAGUAAAAGUUUUUGUCUACACUGCUACUAAGCCAGACUAGUUUUGGGCUUUCCUUUUGAGUACACUUGAUAAAAUCACCACUGUAUAGUAAAAUAUUGAAGCAUUUUUGCCAUCUAUGAAGCUAAAAGGAGAGUUAAUUUUCACCUUACCUUGCAUUAACGAUUGGUGGCAUCAGAUGGUUUGACUUUUAAAUCUUUAGAAGUAACUUUGGCUUGAUGGACUGCAAAUCAAUAUAUAUUGUGUUUG